GAUACUUUUAGAGUACAUGGGGAUUUAAGGUACGUAUAGGUGGCUGCAGAUAUUCUGCAGCCGGCGGAAUGAAGAAUCCAAGGCAGGACGAGUCACUCUGCUCCCGCCAAGAAUGGCGUCCCUUGGCCUGGAUAGUUCCUGCAGUGGACCUGUUGAUCGCUAUCCUACUCUCGGAAUUUCCGACACACACGGCGUUUCGUCAUUCCGGAGACUCAUGACCGGAUACGUACAGGCACCGAGGUUCAUCUGCCCUACUGUCUUGUCUGGUCGCUGAUGUAUCUGCAAUUCCAGCAAAUCGGGACCUGCGACGAGGUCUGCAGCUCAUUUCGCGUACCAGAAGGGCCAUGUUGCAGAAUCUCGGGAUUUCCGGGGUGAGUAUCGGGCUUCAUUGUCCACGCGAAGGGUAUAAGUUUGUAGAAUCGUAGCUGCAGAGAAUGUCUAUCGAAAGAAUUAGCAAGAUCUGAUCGGAAUCUGGAUCUGAAGACUCCAUCGCCAUGCGUUCUCUCGUUCUCUCCUCUCUUUUGGCCCUCGCCUCAGCCCUAUCCGUCGAGGACCUCUACGUCUCCGAAGCCCCCUCGUCUCCUCGCCCCUAUAUCCUCCCUCACUAUGAGAACUCACAUGCCGUAACGAUCGGCUCCCAACUGUACCGGUUCACCGUCACCGGCCCCUCCUCCGAUUAUGCCUUCACGCUGAUGAGCACCAAUGCGCCCUCGAGCGGCUCCCUCGGUGUCCUCCCUCACAUCCACCGCACACACUAUGAGAACUUCUUCAACUUCAAGGGUCGCUUUCAGCUCUGGGCCCAAAAGGGCGAUGGAGAACAGGAGGCCCGUCUCCUCACCCAGGGAGACUAUGGCUCUGUACCUCGGAACACAACACACACGUUCCAGAUCCUCGACCCGGACACUGAGAUGGUGGGAGUGAUUGUUCCUGGUGGAUUCGAGGACCUUUUCUACGCCCUCGGCACCAACUACACCUCCGGCACCGAAACCCCCUACGUACCUGGCUCCAGCAACUCUUCUUCCUCCUCCGCCACCGGCCCCGACAGCAGCACCAUCUCCGGCCUGCAACAAUACGACGUCUACGCCCAACUCGACUUCACUCCCCGCCGGGACUUCGUCAACGGCACCGCUCCCUCCGACUCCGGCUGGCACACCGAAUCCGAUACCCUCGGCGCCGCCGGCAAGCCCUACUUCAUCGCCAACAACUACGGCCCCAAGUACCUCAACUCGCAGUACGGGGCGUACCAGAUCGUGCAGCCAUUGGUCACGGCCACGCAGGCCCAGGAUACAAACUAUACCCUGAGCACGAUCAUCAUGAGUCGGCAGCCGAGCAACGCGACGGCGCCGACGUGGACGGCGGGCCCGGCGGCGUUGGAGGUGCUGGAGGGUAGCGUGCAGGUGCAGAUUUGGGAGUAUGAGACUGCCAGAGUGGAGAUGGGAGAUGUGGUGUUUGUGCCUAAGGGAGUGACGUAUAAGUAUUGGAAUGAGGGGGCACAGGCCAAGGUGUUGUAUGUUUCUUCGGGAGCGGAUGGAGUGGAUAGUCAGUUGAUAAAGGGGGGAAGGACGUGGGAGGAUCCGGUUUGGCCAAAGUAUUUUUAGAUACUAG